AUGCCAACCCAAGAUUUCUUAGCUGUUGCAAUCCAGAUUGAAUCAACAAAAGAGAUAACCACAAAAUUUCAACAACAAACAAUCCAAGAGAUAUAUCUUAUUGAUGAAAGUUUCAACCCAAUAAAAUUGACUAUGUGGGGUCGGUUUGUCCAAGACGAAUGCAAAACAAUAACAAAAAUUAUUGAAGAAUACCCAAUAAUAUUGGGAACACAAAUAGUUGUUCGAACAUAUAAAGGAUUGUCCUUAUCAUCACGUUCAUCAAGUACCUUUACAAUCAAUCCUCAAAUUCCAGAGGCAACUGCAUUGAAGCAAUGGGCGAAUAAUAAUACACUGAAAAUCAAAAGUAUCAUUGAAACGUCGUUGACACAUCUAUCUACUACUAUAUCAUCUAUUGGACUUAAAAAAACCGUCAAAAUUUGUGAUAUUCCCCGUGCAAUGAAGGCUUUGCAAUCUAUGGAGAAAAAAUACUUUUGGAUAAAUAUAAUUGAUUCUGCCCAAAUGUACUAUUACAUGUCGUGUGCGACAUGCCAUAGAAAAAUACGACAUAAGUAUAACGAAAUAAUUGUUUGUGAAAAUCCAAACUGCAAACAGCGAGGCACCCCUACACCACAUGCUAGGGCAUAUGUGCAACUAGAAGAUGAUACUAGAAAGCUCGAUGCUGUUAUGUUCGGAGAAGUAGUAGAAAAGACAUUUGGUAGUUCUGCAGUCCAGUUGAUGGAAAAUUCUACACAGGAAAUUCCUCAUCACAUUGAAAUUGUUGCAAAUAAAUUAGCAGGAAAAAAAUGGACAAUCAAAUUGUCUGGAGAUGAAGAAAAAAUGAAUAAUGUGAAAUACAAACAUUUCAUUAUUCUCUCAAUUGAAGCCAAACAAGAUAACAAUAAGGAUGAAUCAUCAUCCUAA